UCAGGCAUCAGACUGGCUCUCAGUGACAUUCUGCUUCAACUUGACUGAGAGGCAGCACCGUUUCCACUCAGCUCAGACAAGCAGGGAAACUUCUCUCCUGCUUUUAUUCUUUGGCUCUGGCUUAGAUUCUUAUUUAAUUUAUUAAUGCCAGAGGAAGGAUCCCUUGCAACUUUAAGGAUACUUGUCUCAUCUGGACAGACCAGACCGCUUUGGACAGCUGAGAAUAAUGUGAUGCUGUACGCUGCGCCUCUUGAGCAGGGAUGACUGAAAUCUUCCGGUACCCACCCUCCUCCUCCCACUCUCCGUCAGCUUUCUCCUGAGCCUCUGCGUUCACACUUUUCCCCAAGACCCCUCCGGCACGCAAGGGUCAAGUCAGCAGGAUUUCUCAUCCACCACAAUCCUCUCUCCAACUGUGUUGUGAGCCUGUUCCUCAGCACCAUACUUGAGGAGAAAGGCUUCCCAAGCAAAACAAAGGGAUUAAAAAUGAACUUUGCUCUCACCAGGAGACACGGUCUUCCCUUAAACAGAAGACUGUGAGAUCUGAUGAAAGUCAACUGAGGGCUUAGUGGAAAUGACAAACCUGGUAAUAAAAACUCCUGCGAUACUUGGAUGCCAAUAACCAGGAGAAGGCCAUGGAAGGAGAAAACAUGAACUCCACAGUAAAUACCAGCACGAUGGAUAUCCACCUGGUCACCCACAGUCUCUGGGAGGUGAUCACCAUUGCAACUGUCUCGGCUAUAGUCAGCCUCAUUACCAUUGUGGGGAAUGUUCUAGUAAUGGUCUCCUUUAAAGUCAACAGCCAGCUGAAGACAGUGAACAAUUACUACCUGCUGAGUCUGGCAGCUGCAGAUCUCAUCAUAGGUGUUUUCUCCAUGAAUCUAUACACCUCUUACAUACUGAUGGGUUACUGGGCCUUGGGAAACCUCGCCUGUGACUUGUGGUUGGCAUUGGACUACGUAGCUAGCAAUGCCUCAGUCAUGAACCUGCUGGUGAUCAGUUUUGACAGAUAUUUCUCCAUCACCAGGCCUCUAACUUACAGGGCCAAACGGACUCCUAAACGAGCUGGGAUCAUGAUAGGUUUAGCGUGGCUAGUGUCACUUGUUCUGUGGGCCCCGCCUAUUCUCUGCUGGCAGUACUUUGUUGGAAAGAGGACUGUACCCGAGAGGCAAUGCCAAAUCCAGUUUUUCUCUGAGCCUGUAAUUACUUUUGGGACAGCUAUUGCAGCCUUUUACGUCCCUGUAUCUGUCAUGACAAUCCUCUACUGCAGAAUCUACAAGGAGACAGAAAAGAGGACCAAAGAUCUUGCAGAGCUUCAAGGGAUUAACUGUUCUACAGAGUCUGGGGUGGCUCAGCCUCAGAAAACCAUCAUCAGAUCUUGUUUUAGCUGUAAACUAAGUUCAGCAUCACAAGACAGGAACCAGGCCUCGUGGUCCUCCUCAACCAGGAGCAACGCGGUCAAAUCAGCGGCCACCACCAGCGAUGAGUGGUCCAAAGCUGGUCAGCUGACCACCUUUAACAGCUACGCCUCCUCUGAGGACGAGGACAGGCCAGUGUCUCCAGGAGGCUUCCAGACCUCCUUCGGGAACCAGGCUUGCAAAGCCACCAAGAGUGGCGUAUGCAGCGAGAGCGAGCAGCUCAGCAGCUACGAUGAAGAGAGUUUCUUUCAGACGCCACCCAAAAGCAACUCCCAGAAGAGCAGCAAGUGUGUGUCCUACAAGUUUAAACCAGUGACCAAGGAAAGUCACACGGAGCACCAAAGCAGAAACGGAGACACGAAAAUCACGUCGCCAACAUUCUCCUCGGCCGAGUCCAUGAGCGUUCCGUCCACCUCCACCAUGUCCAAGCCCAUAGACACAACGCUGAAGAGCCAGAUCACCAAGAGAAAAAGGAUGGUGCUGAUCAAGGAAAGAAAGGCAGCUCAAACUCUCAGCGCCAUCCUGCUGGCCUUCAUCUUAACAUGGACUCCUUAUAACAUCAUGGUGCUGAUUUCUACCUUCUGCUCUCAAUGCAUCCCCGUCUCCCUCUGGCACCUGGGCUACUGGCUGUGCUACGUCAACAGCACCGUCAAUCCCAUGUGCUACGCCCUUUGCAACAAGACCUUCCAAAAGACCUUCCGCAUGCUGUUACUCUGCCAGUGGAAAAAGAAAAGGAUUGAAGAGAAACUAUACUGGUAUGGACAAAACCCUGUGGUCAGCUCUAAAAUGACAUGAAGAAGUUGUGAGACAGUGGCUGUAAAUCACAUGUUUGCACCAAUAACUUUGGCUUUAUGAACUUGUGCAUACGUAUUAGGUGAUAUCAAAAGAUAUCCAGAGCCUAGUACAUCUUAUAGUGCUGCUCAUUAAUCAGUAGGUUUGCUAUAGUGUAUGGUAAUUGCUGCUGGAAGAAUAUUAUAUAUUUUGUACACUGUAUGUAGGGUCAAAAAUAUACAAAGCAAACCAGUAUUUUUCUCCAAGUUGAAGCACAUUUACGCCAUUGAUUUACACAGCAGCACACUUUGAUAUAUGGAGACCAUCGUGAAGUUGCUCCAGUCUAAAAAAGUCAAGCUGAUGCACUCAUACCCAAAAUGUCACAAGACACACAGAGCUCUUUAAUUCUUAAAGUAUUGUGCUUGUACUGAUGAGGUGUAUUUCCAAAUGGCUGUCGUUGUUUUUAUUUAAAAGGGCUAAUAUGCUUCAUCGUGAUGUCGGACUCUUGCUCGUUAAGUCAAGACACUUACUUGAUGUUCAUGAAAGCCUUUUAAUGUGUGCCACUGUAAUUUGUCCAAUGAAUAAAUGUGUAGAGAGUCAGCUUUAUUGUUUUGUCAUCACUUGCUAUGAUUUUCAUGUCGUGCGAAAUCCCAGUGCAAAAUACGGUUAUAGGAAUCAUGCGUAAAAGGCAUUAAUGGAUCACUUGAGUUUACCGAUUGGGAAUAACUAACUUGUUAAUAAUAUCAGUGUUUACAUUGGAAGUUUUGUGGAGGAUUUAACAGCUCACACUGUUUAUGAAUUCUCUUUAUUACAUUUUAUUCUCAGGAUAUUUUUGUUUUCAUUAAGCAUUGAACUACAGUAUGUUUUACUGUGGCUAAAUCAAUAUCACUGUAUUUCUGGCAAACUUGUAAUGUACUGUGGAAAAUAUGUUGGUGCGCUGCUCCUUUGUGUACCCACUGAAUGGAAGAUGCCUUGCACAGGCUAUUUUUUUUUUUUAUCUGUCAUAAGCUAUAAUGCCAUGAAACACUUCUUGGUAACUGUGAUAAACCAGGAGUCUGCACUUGCAAUUUUCAGAAAGAAAAAAACACAACUAAAAAACAUGCUUUGCUUCAAGUAUACUGACUUGGUGUGUGAUGGAAACAAAGCUAGAGCUAAAUCUGUACUGCGACUUUUUACUGUAUUUCAAGUUUGUGAUGCGUUUUUGUUUCUUUUCA